GGAACUAGGCACAAUGUGGGGUUUGAGAUGAUUGAUGCUUUUGCUAAUUCACAAGGAAUUGAAAUGAGCACGGUGCAUUGCAAAGCUAUCUUUGGGCAAGGUUUCGUGGGUGAAGUUCCCGUUUUUCUUGCAAAGCCUCAAACUUACAUGAAUUUGAGUGGUGAAUCUACAGGACCACUUGCUGCUUAUUAUAAGCUACCUCUCAAUCGUGUGCUAGUGUUCCACGAUGACAUGAACUUACCAUGUGGGGUACUUCGUCUUCACCCAAAUGGAGGUCAUGGAUGCCACAAUGGGGUGAAGAGUGUAAUGUAUCACUUUCGUGGGAACAGAGAAUUUCCUCGGCUAAGAAUCGGUAUCGGGAGGCCUCCUGGUCAAAUGGAUCCCAAAGCAUUCUUGCUCCAGAAAUUUAAUGCAACAGCUCAAGGACGAAUUGAUGCUGCUUUACAAGAGGGAGUUGAUAUAUUGAAGGUGCUGUUAUCUAAAGGCUUGGCAGAGAGUGCGAGACGCUUCAACUCAGAGCAAAAAUACAAGCAUAUGAGAUUAGAGACUACAAUGGCGACAUAAAUUUGUAAAUGAGUAUAUAUAUAUAUGAUUGAUUUGAUUUUUUAAAGUUUUGUUUUGCA